AUAAAGAAAUAAAAUAAUUAACUUAAGUGGGGGCAGUAAAUAUAUACAUAUGUAUGCGUAUGUACAAAUACAAUAAGAAAAUGUAAGUGAUGAUGAGUUGGAAGUUGGAAAAGGAAUAACAUAAAUGGUGGACUUGAAUUGACUGACGUGGUUAGCCGUGAAUGGUGAUAGCGCGAACCAGUUGAUGUUACAGUACAGAGUACACUCUUUAGAAUAGCUAAAUGCCUGUUGUUAUUUCUUAACCAGUAUUAAAUAAAAGACAGUAACUAUUAUUACAGAACUUAUUUUUUAAACAAAGUGUCUAUUGGUAUUUUAUGCACCCAGUAAGCCAAACAAAAAUAUUUUAAAAUGGUGUUACUUACAAUGAUUGCCAGGAUAGCAGAUGGGCUACCGCUUGCUGCGACAAUGCAAGAGGAUGAGCAGAGUGGGAAAAGCAUACUGGAGUAUCAGAACCAAGCCAAAAUGUUGUUUAGAAAAUUAGGACCUCAGUCUCCGGCUAGGUGUACUAUAGAAACUGGUCCCUAUCUCUUUCAUUAUUUGAUCGAGAAUGACGUGUGUUAUUUGGUACUUUGUGAAAGAAAUUGGAGCAAACGUCUGGCUUACAGUUAUUUAGAAGAUAUUGCACAAGAAUUUUAUGCACAGUAUGGAAAGCGUGUCAAUACAGUGACCAGACCGUAUACAUUUAUUGAAUUUGAUACGUAUAUUCAGAAAGCUAAAAAGUCUUUCUCCGAUGGAAGGUCAAGGAGAAAUAUGAACACACUCAAUAGUCAACUGCAAGAUGUACAGAGGAUUAUGGUACAAAAUAUUGACGACGUUUUACAACGAGGAACUGUUUUAUCAGAGUUGGACUCGAAAACUCAAAACCUUUCCAUGCUAUCACAAAAGUACAAAAAAAAUGCGACAAAUUUAAACAGUAAGUCAAUGUAUGUUAAAGCUGUCGCUGGUUUAGUUGCAUUCCUCGUAUUUUUAUUAUACUUUUUUAUUUUGUAAGUUCAUUCAUUAAUUAAUAUUCAAUUUUUUUUAUAAUUGGUGUUGCUGUGGCUUUAUAAACGUCAGUUGUCAAUUUAUUGAAAUUCUACUUCUUUUAAUAUUGUUACUACCAUUAUAAUUUAGUGUGAUUAUUUAAUUCGUAUAUGGGUAAAAGUAUUUAAAUAAGUCAUAAAACUAUUUAUUUAAAAUUAAGGGUUACAUAUAAUAAAAUACUAGUUGGAAUGUUCAACUGAUUUGUAAUACUUUUCCUUUGAUAAUAUAAUGAGAACACCAGUCUAUCGAUUUUAUUGACUGAUAAAUAAUAAAGUUUUCAAAUGCUAGAUAAAAUUGUAUAUUUUCUUGAUCAUAUAAAUUUGUAUUGAAGUUUUAAACGUAAUAUAAGUAUAUUAAAUAUUUGUAUGAAAUAAUAGUUAAUAAAUAAUUAUCAUAAUUAUUAUAAAAAAUUUUAUUUAUAAUUAUUACGUUUGUACAAAUUCAUAGUAAUUAGGAAUACUAGAUAGACUGAAAUUGCCGUCGUUAUUUUUAUUAAUCUCUUCUUCUGAGUCUGAUGACUCGUGAUGAAAUAAAUAAUUUACAGGCCG